GUGUGUGUGUGUGAGUGAGUGUGGGCCCCGCCACCAGCGGCCGUCUGUGGACGUCAACGCCUCACGCCUCCCGCCGCUGGGCCUCGGCCUCUGUCGGGUGUUCGGGCCUCUCUCCCCCUCCCUCUCCCGGGCUGUGGCGGAGCUCCCCGCGGUUGGAGUAAGGCGGUGACCGGGAUGGAGCCGCUCCACGCCGGCGCCCUGACCCAGGACUGUCUGAUCCACAUCUUCACCUUCCUGGAGGCCGCGGAGCUGAGCCGGGCGGCGCGGGUUAGUGAGGCUUGGAAUGAUGCUGCGGAAAGUAGCUGGCUGUGGAGAAAACUAUGUCUGGUGCGAUGGAUCUUCUGCAGUCUCUCCAACGUGGAAGAUGGGAUAAAUUCCUGGAAGAAGUAUUACAUUCAUCGUUCCAAAAUAGAGCAGCACAUGGCAUCAGGAUGUGGGGGAGCUGAUUACACAUGCACAACCUUCAGAGGCCACCGUGGUAGGAUCACGGGAUUGCAAUACUGGAGUAAUCCUGACAAUCCGUUUGACACAAUGAAUGGGAAAUCAGUGGUUUGUACAACAUCUACUGAUUGUACAUUGCGUGCAUGGAGCAUUCAAGAGGGUAAACAAGUAUGGUCAACACCAGUACAAGAAGAACCUUUGGUGAAAUUAUUAACCGUUCCACAACAAGGCCUUGUGAUCACUGCAGACUCUAAGGGCAAUAUUAAAGCCUGGAAUGGACGAACCGGAGAGGAAUUGGCUGUUUUUGCAACUUCAUGCACAGUUUGUAAUUUGGUGGCGUACAAUAUGGACACCCAGCACUGCUUAAUUGUUGGAACUGGGGAAGGAACGCUUAUCACUUUAACCAUACCUCAUCUUAACCAGAUCUCUCGCUUGUCACUGAUUGAUGUGAACCCAGUGGAUUUUUUACUGCUAUCACCAGAUCAUAAAUAUGCCAUCGCUGGUUCAAAAAGUAAUGAAAUCCCCACUAAGGUAUUGCGGACAGAAUGUUUAAUGGAUGGUCUUGAUGAUGACAGACUGGCAACAGAUUCCCUACAAAUAAACAGUUGCUUCACAGCUUGCUGGUUACCUAAAGCAUCAUCCAGAGUGGUUACUAUGACCAAAACCAAUGCUGUGGGUUUUCAAAAAAGUAUCAUUACUUUUGAUUUAAUGUGUCAAACAAGAAAAAAUAAAAUAGAAAUACAAGGUAAACAGGUUGGAAAUUUCACUUAUGAAGAUGCUGGCUGGAAUGAUAUACUUCUGGAAGGCCAUGGGAUUAAUACAAUCAUAAUCGCACACAACACAGAAAUGAAACUCUUUUCCAUUGAUGGGGUGCAGCUUGCAAGAUAUCAUGAACAUAAAAAUACUAUCAGUGGAAUUUCUGUGGAUCCUUUCCGUGUGGUUACUGCCUCAAUGGAUUUGUCUCUAAGAGUAUAUACAUGGAAAAGACAGCCAAACAGAUGUCUCAGUCUUGAAAGUAAUUACCAUUUGCUCGGGGGAUCCCACAUGAGAUCCAGGGGUUUUACGAAUGUUGUCUUUGACCAUGGAAGCAUUGUGGGUUCUGUUCAAGCACAUGAUGGAAAAGAUGUUCUAAAAGCGUACAACUUCAACGUGUAAGAUACUCUUCUAUCUCAAAGCCUUGCUGCACUCUGUAUAGUGUGGCAUCAUUUAGUAUUUUUAUUCGUUCGCAAAGUAACUGAUGCAGGAUCACUACAAAAUCAAAUUGUUACCUUGUAAAAUGUGCAAAACGGCUCCAUUCCACUAGAUGUGUACAUUAUUACCUGAGGUUUUUGU